AUGAAUUUAACGCUAUUCAAGGCGAUAGACUUUGAAGAGCUCCAACUUGCUCAGGGAUCGACCAGCUUUUCAUUCCCCGUGCUCAUUGCUAAUCAAGAGGGGACAGAAACAAUAGAAGGCAUCAUCGAAACAAUCGUCACAAAUCUCAACGAUCACGACCCCUACUUCGUCGAUCGGUUCAACACACGAAUCGACAGACUUGACAUUUUCUUCAAUCUAGCCGGGAAUCAAGAAUGCUACGGACCAUCCGAAGAAAAUUGUAUUCGCGGAAUUCCUGAGUUUUCCUCUGGCUUGAUUAGAAAUGGAAGCGUUGUGGCUCAAUUAAUGGCUGAUGAUCUCGAUUGCCGCCUGCCGAACGAAUGCUCGAGCUCGCUAGAAUUCUUAGUUGAAGAGAAUCCUUGGAUAGAACUGGCUGGGAAUGGGAUUUUGCAGCUCAAGAAUGCGGAGCAAUUUGACUUUGAAACAGAUAGAGGGCCAUUUCGGAUAAUAGCGAAAGUCAUUGACUUUGGAGUGCGCUUUGACCGACGCCAGAGAAGCUCUCGAAUUCCAGUGUAUCUGUAUGUAAAGGACUUUCCAGAUACGCCUCCAGUGUAUCAACGGGAUCGGAACUUUUUUCAAGUGUUGGAAAACUCGCAAGAAAACACGCUUAUUGGCGAAGUCACAGCAUUUGAUGGAGAUGAAGAAAUAAAUUGGCCAAUUAUCUACAGCACUUUUGACAAUAGAAUUUCAGUGGAUAGAACAUCUGGAAAGAUUUUUAUAAAAGACUCGAUCGCGUUUGAUAGAGAGGCGAACGAAAAACUGGAAUUUGAAAUUGAAGCCUUAGAACAACCAACAGGCUUCUUCAAAAAUGAACGAGCCCUCAGCUCUGUUGCGAAAGUAGUUGUUACGUUACUAGACGUCAAUGACAACGAGCCGUAUAUCGUCGAUUUUGACGAAGACUUCAUCUUUUCCGUCGACGAGAAUUCUCUUCCGGGGACUGAAAUAACCGGAAGCAGAAUUGUGAUUCAAGAUGACGAUCAAUAUUCAAACACUCAUUGGAAGGCAUCUAUCACUGUUGAUGAUCCGAGGUGCAAAAUCGACGUGAUUCCCCGAGAAGGAUACCACCGCAACUCUAUUUCCCUCCGAACAAAAGAACCAAUGGAUUUCGAAGAGAUUCAGUUUUGUGAUGUCCAGCUCAAGUCGAGAAAUCAUCUCGAUGAUAACUCUUUGGAUUUGUGGCUAACAGAGGGUUUCGAUUAUGAAGAAACAGACGCUGUAAAAUGCCAACUGAAUGUCGUUGAUCUCAACACAGCGGCUGAUUACGACAACUCUUCAAUACUUGAAUUUAUAAUUUUCGUCGAAAAUGAAAAUGACAAUGCGCCUGAAUUUCUCAUUCCAACGAUGGAUAUUUUUGUCAACGAAGACAGUCCUGUUGGAACGUUCUUGGCUACAGUAGCGGCAAGUGACGAAGAUCACGAUAGACUUCAUUAUUAUACGAAAGAUGAAAAGAUCAAUGUGGAGAGGAAUAGUGGAAAUAUAUUCCUAAGACGACCAUAUGAUUUUGAGAUUUCUAACUUUGAUGAAAUCAACGUAUUUGCUUCUGAUGGUCUAUUUAACGCUACUCAAACACUCCGAAUUUAUAUCAAUGAUGUUAACGAUGAUGUUCCCGUAUUGACAGAAGGUCAAACACAAAUCAAUAUUUCUGAAGCUAUUGAAGUUGGCACAGUAUUGAGUACUUAUUGUGCGGAAGAUUUGGAUGCUUCUGACGAAAGCUUGAAUUUCAUGAUUGUAACCAGUCUAUCUCAGUUUGAGCUUGAGGAGAAAUCUCCUUUCUGUGCAGAUCUUGUACUCAGCAAAAAGAUAGACUAUGAAACUGAUCCUUCUACUAUUGAGCUAAGGAUACGAGUCAUCGAUGGUCUGACUUCAGUGCAGUCAAAUAUGGCCGAAAGGAACGUUGAGAUCAACAUUUUCGACGAAAACGACAAUCCUCCGGCAUUCAGUAAGAGCUUGUAUAGAAUAGAAGUUCUAGAAACUAUUUCGGCACUGGAAACGAUUCUUAUUCCGACGAUAGUAGAUGAUGAUUCUGACAGCGUGAAUGCUUUUAAUGUUAGACUCAAAAAUGGCACGAAUAUGUUCUCAAUUAUGGCUACUGAAAGCGUUUUCUCAAUUAUCGUCAAAGAAGAUGUAAGCCUCCUUGGUCGCGGGUUCAGCACAGUUAUUGCUGUCAUAGAAGUCAGUGACGGCGUUUUCAAAAGUGAAGCUACCGUGGAAGUCGGUAUUCAAGGAGUCAAUUUCAACUCGCCGGUAUUCUUGAAUGAUGGACACUUGAUCGAGUCCAAUAUGCUGAAUAUAGCGAUAGAAGAGAAUCGAAAUGAUGCUCUGUUAAAUCUAUCAUCUACAGACGAUGAUGCAGGUCUAAAUGGAAAGACACAAAUAAAUGUUCGCGAGUCCGCUGACUAUGUCGACUUCAAUUUCUCAAAUGGAGUAUUGAAAUUUAAUAGUGCUCCAGAUUACGAAGAAAAAAGAGAGUACAUGGUUAUUUUCGAUGCUUUUGAUGAAGGAGUCCCACCCCGAACAGUCAGUCUCACUGUGAUUAUUUCAAUUAUCGAUGUAGAUGACAAUGAACCAUUCCUCAACAAAAAAGUUCUGAAUUCGAUGAAAAUAUCCAUCAAGGAAGAGACACCAAUUAUCAUCAAUAUUCCUGCAGAUUCGAUCAUUGAUGUUGAUACUGUUGGAAACGAGGACAACUUAUUAUGCAUUAUUGAACAGGAUAAUUCUUCGAAUUGCUUCGCAAAGGUAAAUUCUACCUGGCCAUUGGAGAUAUCGGAACAGUUUGACUUUGAAAAAUCACCCGUUGGAAACAUCAAGAUCGGCACCAGAAGAUCUGAAACAAAUCAAUUUAAAGAAGACCAGCAAGCUCAUUUGAAAAUCUUAAUUGAAGACAUAAACGAUAAUGCUCCACUCUUUCUUGAUGCCGGAGUCCUCGAACGCGGGAUUAGUCUUUCAGAAGAUCCAGCUGUUGGUUCAAGUUUAUUCUCUUUCCAAAUUUCCGAUAAAGACACAACUUAUGAAAACACUGUUCCGAUAUUCAGUAUCGUUAAUUCUUCCCAGAGCCCAUUCUCAAUAGAUCGAAACGGAAUCAUGCGGCUUCAGAAUCCUCUAAGGUCGACCGAUUCGAUAAUAACGACAAUCAAGUGCGAAAAUCUGGCGGCGGGACCAUGUUCGUUAAAAAACAUCACCUUCUUUCCAGCAGCUGAAGAAGACAUUUUCGAAGUUCAAUGCCUGAAUAUCGCUACAUUCAACGAAAGCGCGUUUCGAAACGCUAUCGAAGCAAAGAUUCAAGGCGCAAAAAUCUAUUUUCAUAAAAGCUCCAGACGUAUUUCAGCUACAGGUGAGAUGACAAGCACUGGGACAAUAAGAUUUCACAUGGAAGACAUGGUCUUGAAGGAAAAGGUCGGAGUCAAAGCGAUCUUCAAUGAUCUUUCAUCAAUCGACUUUCGAGAAAAUAUUCGAGUUUUUGGACUUGUCCUUGAACAAUCUCAGGUCGCGCAAGAGCAAAAUCUGCAAACUCUUUGGACGACAAUCUGGGUCCUAUCUGGGAUGAUCCUUGUUUCAUGGGUUUUUGCGAUUGUAUUUGUUAAAGUAUACGCGUCAAGAUUGCGAACGAAAUUCAGACUGAAAUGCAUUCAGAACGGGAAUUUUGACGAUUUGACUGAACUGCCACAAGAAACAGACAAUCCAUUGAAAGAGUGUCAGUUCGAUACUCAAUCUCAGUGUCCGUAUACACUUGAAGACACUGCUCCUGAAGACUCGAUGUCAACUGAGAGCUCAAUGACAAACCAUGACUCGGACCCGGAAUGCGAGCACAAUCAGAAAACCAAAUCUACAAAAGCGAACAAACUAUCUCCAUCAAACUCUAUUCAAGAAGAAUCAUUCUAG